ACAAGAUUUGUCCUUCAUCCCAAAAGCACAUCGCAGAUUUCACAUUCGCACUUUCGCGCAAUGGCGACGUUUACUUAUUACUUAGCUCGACAGCGCGUGUUCAGAUGUUUAAUACAGCGAAGAUUUUAUUGCAUGUGUAUCUCUGGGAAGAAGUCAAUAAAUGGAGUAAAUCUCUUCUAUCAGUACACAGGACAGGGCUCUCACGCUCUACUGCUGAUGCCCGGAGCUUUAGGAAGUGGACUGACUGAUUUUGGCCCUCAGCUUGAGAAACUAAACAAGAGUCGAUUUACGGUGGUGGCGUGGGACCCGAGGGGAUACGGGCGAUCGCGUCCUCCUGACAGAGACUUUCCUGCUGAUUUCUUCCAAAGAGAUGCCAAAGAUGCAGUGGAUUUAAUGCAAGCUUUGGGUUUUACUCGUUUCUCUCUGUUAGGAUGGAGUGAUGGUGGUAUUACUGCUUUGAUAAUGGCUGCGUUAAAUCCUGACCUCAUUAAUAAAUUAGUGGUUUGGGGCUCCAACGCCUACGUCUCAGAGGAAGACAUUCAGAUCUAUCAAUCAAUUCGUGACGUGUCAUUAUGGAGUGAGCGAAUGAGACGGCCGAUGGAGGAGAUGUACGGUGCUCAGUACUUUCGUGAAACCUGGGAGAAAUGGGUCGAUGCCAUGAGACAGUUUGCACAUAAUCCACAGGGUAACAUAUGCACAGAGUUGUUGCACUUAAUUUACUGUCCUACACUGAUUGUACAUGGGGCCAAAGAUCCUGUCGUCCCCUAUUUUCACCCACAAUACCUUCUGAAAAACAUCAAAGAUUCAAAGUUGCAUGUCAUACCAGAUGGGAAACAUAAUUUGCACUUGCGUUAUACCAGUGAAUUUAACACACUGGUGGAGGAAUUUCUGAAUGACUGAAUGAGUGGAUAAAUAAAGAUUCAAUCACUCGGUGAUCUACAGACUGCAACGCCCUACUUGUGAACAUGGCUUUGUAUUGAAUUGCUCUAUAGCAGUGCAAAAGGUCAUGGGUUCGAUCCCCAGGGAACACAUAUGGAUUAAAUAUAUAUUUAUAUUGUGAUGCAUGAAGUCGCUUUGGAUAAAAGCAUCUGCCAAAUGCAUAAUGUAAAUGUAUACUGUGUUCAUUGUUGGCUCUUAAGAGAAAAUGCUUUCUUAACCCUUAAUCAGACUUUUCAUUCAUUUUUUUUUAAACUGUUACCUUCAUCUCAAGGGCAUAAAACUCUGUGACUUUUCCUAAAUAAUCUAUCUAAACAUGCACAAAAUAACUAG